AUGGAACAGCCACCCCCCGCCGAUCAACCACAACAGCCUCCGCCUCCGACACUCACAAAUCCUCGCUUCACCCUCGAGCUAGAGUUUGUGUCUUCUCUCGCCAAUCCCUACUAUCUGUCCCACCUCGCCGUGACAUAUCCGAACCUGCUGGGCAUAAACAAGUCUGGUGAUGACAGCGACGUGAACAAUGAUUCCACAGACCCCGACGCGCAGGGAUUUGCAGCGUACCUGGCCUACCUCUAUUCCUACUGGAAGACCCCCGAAUACGCCCAGUUUCUGACCCAUCCUGGUGCCACUUUGCGGGCGCUACGACUACUGCAGGAGGAGACCUUCCGUCGCGACAUUAUUCGUCCCGAUGUCAUUGAAAGGCUAGCAGGGACCGAUAUUGCCGCCGAACCCGUCGACCCAGCUGCGGAGUCUGGAGACCAGGAGGGCGAGCAAGCCAAAGCAAGCUAG